AUGGCGAAUGGUGCGGAUUCAGAGGAGUUUGUUGUGCUUUCUAGGGUACGGACGGGUCUGAAGAGGGAAUUUGCCUUCGCCAUAAAGGCUCAAUCGGAGAUUUGCGGUUCUCUCGGUAGAACCCGGUCCAGCCAGACCCGAAAUGCAGUUCAGCUUCUUAACCGUUCAGUUGGCAAGAAAUUCAAGAAGAACGAUUCAUUGGAGUCAACGAAUGAUGAUCCCACUGGUUUAGUGAAAAUCAAGGAUGAUGUUGGUGAUGUUUUGAGCGAAGAGGAGGCAAAGAGUGACGUGGUGGACCUUGAGGAACCUAAGAGUGAAGUCGAGGCGCACAAUGGCAGUGUUAUUUCUGGUGAAGGUGAAUUCUUGGAGGAGGUGAAGGAAAAGGUGGUGGAUGAGAUGGCACAACCUGUUUGUGAGAUUGAGGUUAAAGAGGGAGAGGAUUGUACUCAUAAGUAUGGUGGUGAAUGCAAGGUGAAGCCUUUGAGGAGGUUUACACGAUCAACGUUGAGGAAGACACUAGAUGAUGAUGGUAACAGGGUGAUGAAUGAUGUGGGUAAUGUUGCUGAGUUUGAUGGCGAUGUUAAGAAGGAAGGUGAGGGUGGUCCUUCUACUCCAAUGAAUUUGUCUAAGGCUUGUGUUAGGAAGAAGUUUCCUUUGAAACUGAAAGAUCUUCUAAGCUCUGGGAUUCUUGAGGGGUUACCGGUGAAUUAUGUUCGCAGCUUGAAGGUACGAACUCCUGGACUUCGUGGACUGAUUUCAGGCAAUGGGAUUGUGUGCUAUUGUGAUAUUUGUAAUGGGGUUGAGGUUGUCACACCCACUAUUUUUGAGUUGCAUGCUGGUAGUUCAAAUAAGCGCCCCCCAGAGUAUAUUUAUCUUGAGAGUGGGUCUACACUCCGUGAUAUCAUGAAUACAUGUUUGUACAUUCCAUUGGACACUUUGGAGGAAGCUAUCCAAAAAGUCCUUGGGGACUUCACAAUGAAGAAAUCUAAAUUUUGUGUGAACUGCAAAGAUGUUAAUGUCGUGUCAAGACUAUUUUGCAAUUCAUGCGUGGGGAAGAAGGACUGUCAGCCCAGACCCACUCAAACAAUUGAGAAUAGUUGUGUUUCACUAGCAGUUCAAUCCAGAUCACCUGAACCAGUUAUACCUCCAAAGUCAUUAAACAAUGGAAUGAAACACAACAACUCUCAUGAUAAGAAUCAGGGAAGACUAACUAGGAAGGAUUUACGCUUGCAUAAGUUGGUCUUUGAUGAAGAUGUGUUGCCUAAUGGAACUGAAGUAGCAUACUAUGCUCGUGGAAAGCAACUGUUGGUCGGUCACAAAAAGGGAUUUAGAAUUGUUUGUAGCUGUUGUAACUGCAAGGUUAGUCCUUCUCAAUUCGAAGCUCAUGCUGGUUGGGCAUCACGACGGAAGCCUUACCUGCACAUAUACACAUCUACUGGAGUCUCGCUACAUGAGUUGUCUAUCUUGGCAUCAAUAGGCCGAAGGUUUUCUACCAAUGAUAAUGAUGACCUCUGCAGUAUAUGUCAUGAUGGAGGGGAUCUUUUGUGUUGCGAUGGAUGUCCAAGAACUUUUCACAUAGAUUGUGUUCCUCUUCCAUGUAUACCAAAUGGUAUCUGGUAUUGUAAAUAUUGUCAGAACUUGUUUCAGAAAGACAAAUAUGUGGAGCGUAAUGCAAAUGCUUUGGCAGCUGGAAGGAUUGCAGGCAUUGAUCCUUUAGAACAGAUAAAUCAAAGAUGCAUUCGUAUUGUCAAAACUCAGGAGCUUGAGUAUGGUGGAUGUGUACUAUGUCGAGGCCAAGAUUUUAGCAAAAGCUUUGGUCCUCGGACAGUAAUUAUUUGUGAUCAGUGUGAAAGGGAAUACCAUGUUGGGUGUUUGAGAGAUCAUAAUAUGCAGAACCUAGUGGAAUUACCUGAAGGGAAAUGGUUUUGCUGUUCAGAUUGUGAUCAAAUUCAUACAGCUCUAGUGAAUUUAGUGGCCCGUGGUGAAGAGAAUCUUCCAGAUAGCCUCAGAAGUUUGAUUAGAAAGAAAUUUGAAGAACAAGGUUUAGAAACUAGUGUUGGUCUUGAUAUAAAAUGGAGGGUACUAAACUGGAAAUUGGUUGCUUCUCAUGAGGCUAGGCAAUUACUUUCGAAGGCUGUCGCUAUCUUCCACGAGCGAUUUGAUCCAAUAGUUGAUUCUAAUUCAGGCCUUGAUUACAUUCCAACAAUGCUUUUCGGAAGGGACAUCAAAGAUCAAGAUUUUGGUGGAAUUUACUGUGCAGUGCUAACUGUGAAUCAAGUGGUUGUAUCUGCAGGAAUAUUUCGUGUGUUUGGAUCUGAAGUGGCAGAGCUUCCCUUAGUGGCAACUGUUACUGAUUGCCAAGGACAGGGUUAUUUCCGGUUCCUAUUUUCUUGCAUUGAGGAUCUGCUUGGAUCUUUAAAAGUUAGAAACUUUGUCCUACCCGCUGCUGAUAAAGCUGAAUCAAUAUGGAUUAACAAAUUUGGGUUUUCCAAGCUAGACCAAGAUGAGAUUAACAAUUAUCGGAGUUAUUACCACAUGAUGGUAUUUCAAGGGACCUCGUUACUAAAAAAGCCAAUUCCUGCACUCUAA